AUGGGGCACCAGCACCAGCUCUUCCACGACCCCUUCGCCAGCAGCAUCUCCACGCUGGAGGCAGAUAUCUUCUCUGGUGCCGGGGGACACCAGCAGUGGCCGGAACUUGACGUCGACCUCGACCUCGACGGGGACUACGGCAUCCCGGCGACGGCCCCGUCGGCGAACAAGGCCGGUACCUCCUCCGGCGGCUCGGGAUCCCACCGUAAGAUCAGCCACAACGCGUACGAGCGCGACCGUCGGAAGCAGAUCAACGGGCUCUACUCCUCCCUCCGCUCCCUCCUCCCUGACACCGAUCACACCAAGAAGCUGAGCGUUCCGAUCACAGUGACGAAGGUGCUCGAGUACAUCCCGGAGCUGCAGAAGCAGGUGGACACUCUGGAGAAGAAGAAAGAGAAGCUGACCCGAGCGAGCUGCAAUCCGGGCGUGCUCACCAUGAAGGAGAACACAGCUCCAAUCGUCUCCGCAACCUGCCUAGACGACAGGGACAUCAUGGUCCAGGUCAGCCUGCUGAGCAACAUGGCCGGAGCUCUGCCAAUGUCCAAGUGCAUCAAAGUGCUUGAGAACGAAGGGCUUCGCCUCAUCAGUUCGUCGACCUCCCCCUUUCAGAGCAGGACGUUAUAUAGCCUCCAUCUCCAGAGAACCCAACAAACAAUGGGAAAGGAUUGUCCGGCAUUCUGUCAUGAACUGGAGAAUGCCAUCAAGAAGAAAGCAGGACUAUAUCUACAGCACUAGUAACGAUGUGUGUUGUUGU